CCAAAUUCCACUUAUUCUACUACUCCUGUUAUAGAUAUGACAGAAAAGGAGUAUCUAGAUUACCUGGACGAUACUAUUACAUAUGAUGAAAACGGUGGAACGGUGGUCAUAAACACAAAAGAUUUAAAAUUUAAACAAGCUUAUGAAAAAAUUUUAAAUCUCUCAAAAAAUUUGGCCACGAAACGAGUUAUGAACCAUCCAGUUAUAACAGUUUUAUUAAUAUGGAAUUGGCAUCGAGAGUGUUGGAGGUUGUAUCUCUCCUAUCUUUUAAUUUAUUUAACUUACUUUAUCUUAAUUGUUUCUUUUAUUUUUCAAAAUCAUGAAAUCAGUACUAAUUUACUAGUUUAUUUUAUCAUAACAUUAACUAUACUUUUUAUGUCAAUUGAAUUAUUGCAAAUGUGGUGUUAUAAAUGGUCAUAUCUUGUUGAAAUAGAAAAUUAUUUACAAAUAUUACUAUUAAUUUACACCGUACUGACAAUUUGGAAAAAAAAAUUUACUGAUUGUAAUUGCGACAUAUAUGUAGAUGCGUUUCCGUUUGGAUAUAACCUGGCAUUUUUGUUCAUUGUACUCUUUUUCAUAUUAGGAGAACUUCCAGCAUUUGCAGUGUCUGUAAAUUUAUAUAAAACGGUCCUGUGGAACUUUAUAAAGCAUAUGUCAAUUUAUUCACUACUGUUACUUUCAUUCGCCAGCGCAUUUUUUACUCAAAAUUUAAGAGGUAGUAUUUCCGAUUAUAAUCCUCGAAAUAUCUCUUCAUCAGUUUUUACAACAUAUAUUAUGUUUUUUGGAGAGUUUAACUCAGAUGACAUCGACUUUGAAAAUUUGCCGUAUCAUUACAUGGUGGUAUUUCUAUUGUUUCUAUUAUGUGUGCCCUUAGUGUUAAGCAAUUUGCUAAUUGGUUUAGCAAUAAGUGAUAUGGAAAAAUUAAAAAUGGAUGCACAAUAUUUCGAAAAUGUGGAAAGAGUUAAAGCUAUUAAAAUUGUACGCCUGCUAGAUAAUAAACAAUUCGUUAUUAAAGUUAUUGUUAAAUUUCUUAAGUUAAUUAAAAUAUAUAUUCCAAGAAAAGAACUCCCUGAAAACAUUAAAAUAAAAGCCACGUUUCAACAUCCAAAAUAUAUUUAUACUAUAGAACACAAGAUUACUUAUAUUGAUUAUACCAUAUGGAAAAUGCUUAUAAAAAGAAGUAGAAUAACAAGAGAUAAACAGAUUAAAACCCGCAUUGCCUGAGAUAUGGU